GUUAUUUUAAUUAGCAGCAGCUAAUAAAAUUCAUUAAUUUGGAACAUAAGAAAAAGAAUCUUUAAACCAGAAACUUACUGCUUGUUAUUACUUCGCAGAAUACCAACAGCUAACUAGCUAUAAGAAAUAGAACAUUAUACUUAUCAUUCGCAAAAACAGUUAUCAAUAUAACUGAAUAAUUCGAUAUACUUGAUGAAAUAUUAGUAGAGCAAUUUCAACAAUCAACUUGGUUGUUCUUCACACACCUGCUAGAUCAUUCCAAUAACCAUAAGAACUUAGGACAAAUUUGUAGAGAUCAGCUCAAAGAUUUAGAAUCUUGGAAAUUCUUAUCUCUUAGAGAAACUAUUACGAUUCCUUUUAAUAUUUUAUGGGAACUAUGAUAUAAAGUCACACAUUAUCAUCAGAAACAGCAUUCGAGAAGACCGAACAAUGGAUCCAUCGCCACCAGAAGAAAGGAACAACUCUGGCGUCAAGAGUCCAGUGACCCUCCAGAUCUCAAUGGCCACCAGCAGUCCAGACGACAGCAUUCCCUCCACUCCUAGAGUGCCCUCUCCGAAUUUCAGGACUUCUAACAAUAGCCUGAAUCUGGAAGACCCAAGACAUCUCCUGGGAGUGUCCAACAUGAGGAAUCUGUCGGUGGACUCUUCAUCAUCGUCCGGCAGUGAUCCGGCCACAUCUGCAGGCAUCUCUGGCAGUAGAUCAAACUGUUGUUCCCCUUCCAGGUCCCCUGUGCCCCCCAGUAGUCCUCAAGGACCAAGAUUCAAGCUGGUGUACGAAGGACUGGUGCAUGUGUGUCGUCUGAACCAUACCAGAACAGUCAUCAGCAAGUUGUUGAGUUCCAGAUUUCUGAGAAGAUGGGAAGGUCAUCAUGUGAUUUUGGAUGACAACUUCAUCACUUCGAGAAAUCCUGGAGGAUUUAUGGAGGAACCCAUUCCAUACAGGAUAAUCCAGGACAUUUAUCCUGUAGCCCGAUGGGACUCCUGUGGGCGAUACUGCAUCCGGGUAGUGAUUCCCGAUGGAUCCUUGCUCUUCCAGGUUUCCAAUUGUUACAUGAGAGAGCAAUGGUUGCAUUCCUUGCUGUGGAAGAAAAGCAUUUAUAGAUACCGGAAACUUUUAGACUGUUGCACCAGGUCAGAAAUUUUGCUCAAGGAAUUGAAGAACCUAGUGGAGAUGGUUCUUUCGACACCUUUACAGGAUGAAAUAGUUUUCCACCAAGCUUUAAACAUCAUAUCAGACGUUGUGGUGAAGGGUCAAACAUGGAUGACUCGUAGCGUAGCCGAAGAAGUGAUCGUUACCAUUUCCAUACUCCUGGAAAGGACAACACCCACCUCAGAAAUAUGUGAUUUCUUCUGUUGGCAUUGCCGUGAAAACCCGAGAUCAACAGUUGUUCUUGAUAUCUGUACGCCUAUUGUCCAGAGGAUACUCAAGCACAACAUGGAUUUUGGGAAGUAUCCUCAAACCAGGGUAUUUGUUCAAGAGUACUUUUUAGCUCUGAACUGUCAGAAUCGAGGAGAAACUAUCAUCAAAGAUUUCGUGGACAACCUUCAUGGAUUGGGAUGCAAGUGCCCUCAUCCUAGAGUCUUACAAAACUUAGUUAACAUAUGCGUAUUCGCCAUUUACUCCAUUUUUGAAAACAGAAAAACAGAAUUCUUAGAAAGCGCAAAUGCUGAAGAAAGAAGUAGCGUAGAAUCCACCAGUUAUAUAGAAUGGGAAGCUAAGCUAGAUUGUUUUAUAAACAUAUUUGUAUUGCUAUCUCAGUUUGAUGACUGGAGAGCCUCUAUGGCUGAAAUGCUGCAGCCCGUACCCUUUCAUGAGAAAGCCAUAAGUUGCAGAAGAUUCAUGUCGCCAUUCAAAGAAGUCAUUCGUAACAUUGUAAACGACAAGCGAUGCAAUGUACAUCAGAUGGUGCUGGGGAUAAGGGAGCAGAAAAUCGGGUGGUACAACUUGUACGUUCCGGAUCCCGAAAAUGUCGUGUGUGACGAUGAUGGUGACCUUUGGAGUUUUAUGCUGGACCGCUUGCUAUCGUGUUGCUACAAAAGGCGUAAGUUCCUUCAAGUAGUGGCCGUCCAGUUAGGUCCCCUGAUGCUGCGCGCAUUACGCGGCGACGAGACGUGCCAGAAGACCCUGUGUGCUUUGCUGGAGUUCGAUCUUAUCGAGGAUAGAGAUUUCCAGUUGCAGACCAUCACCACACUCCAGAGCACAGCUAGCGGAAAGAGGUACUACGCCACCCUCUGCGAGAGACAGAUGCAUCUUAGACAAGUGCAACAAAAAGGAGGCCCGAGGAAAUUAGUUCUGCCCAACAAAUCCACUGACGCUGACGUAUCUCGUCUGCUGAGCAGUGGCUCUUUCGGAGACUUAGAAUGUCUUUCCUUAGCUUUCACCCAAGUGACCAGCGCAUGCGCAGAGGAACUCAUCAAAUUAUCAUCGCUCAAAUACCUCAGUCUCUGGUCAACGCAGUUCGAUGACUCUGGACUUCGUCUCCUCUCAGAGCAUCUUCCAAAUUUACAAUCGCUCGACCUUUGUGAGACCAGGGUCACUGACAAUGGAGUUGCCUCUCUCACAGAAAUGAAGAGCUUAAGAAAAUUGAAUCUAAACAGCACACAAUUGCAUCCAGAAACAUUUGAAUGCUUAAAGAAAACUCUUCCAGUUUUGCAAGAGUGCGACGUUCGCUACACUGAGGCUUGGGGUUUCUAAUGAAAUUCCAAAGAUAAUUAUUUCCUCCUUCUCUAUGAGCUUUAUAUCGACUAGAAGAUAUCUUGUAGGUGCUGUUGAGAUGGAAAGAGGAGAAACAUUUUAGAAUUACCGUAAUUUUUCUCAUAACUGCCGUGAUAAAAUAAUAAUAUAUCUUAAUUGAAGUAGGAGGAAAAUUUUCAAAGAAUAUUUUAACGAUUACACACUAGAUGGCGCCACGAGAUCAUGAACUCUGCCAGACUUCUGAUUUUUCAAACUUUAUUCUACUCCAACAGUCUGCUAAUAAUGAUUAGUGUUAUUCGACAUCAUUUGAGGUGAUGAAUCAUUUCAUUCACUGUCGCCAUUUUUCUCGGUUAAACAUUAUUUCAUUAAAAACUGUCAUCAAUACAGAUAAAUGGAUAAUUUGGUUUUAAUUUAUUCGUUUUUUAGAAAAUUGACUUCAUGGCAAACAAGUGAAAUAGUUGGAAGUCAAUUUCGCUCGGAAAUAAUAUUCUAUUUGAACAGUCAUUUUAAUGUGCAAAGAGUAUUUCCGAUGCUAUUGUAGAUUUGAGACACUAAGUUGUGUUCAAUUCAAACAUGUAUUUCAUAUUUCUUUGUGUAAGUUGAUUGCUUUGCAUUAUAUGAGCUAUAUAAUAGGUGUAAGCUGUUUAAUUUAUGUUUCAUUCAUCUGAUGUGCUGUUUUGACAUUUUAUAAGUGUGGGCAUUGUUUGACUGGUUUUGUACUUCAAGGCUCCGAUAUAACUUUUAAAAUGUUGUCCCACUAUGAAUCAAUUAUGAAUAGAAUCUUACUAGCCAAAUUUGUUGAUCAAAUUAUUUUAAGCAUUUUUUUAAAAAACAUUCAUAAAAACAGUUUGGUGUAUUCAUCCCAAUUACAGUAUAAACUCAAAAUAAAAUUUAAUAGAAUUGAGAAAGAAAAAAAAACUGUUCGCGUUUAUGUUGCUUAAAAGAUGUUUAAAGUACAAUAUUACUUCAGUCUAUCAAUUUUCAUGUGUUUUUCUUGCUUUGAAAAUGCAUUAAUUAUAUGCCAUGACAAAAUUUCAAAUUAUUUCUCCUUUGUUAGUUUUUUGUCCCAUUUUUGAAAAUUAGUUCGAUAUGUAAGAGGUUGCUUUUAAACGAAACUUUCGAAUUUCUUAUCAAACAAACUAUAUAUAUUUUUAUUGUCCUU